ACAGUGAAAGGGUGUGUUCAGGUGUGGCUACUUUCUAGGUCUUACAGGCAGGGGAAGAAAAAGCAACCGUUCCUUUGGUGGGGCUGGAUCUCGGCAGAUAGAGGAACUGCAGCUUCGAGAGAGACCUUGACGCUUCUUCAGGAACAUCGCAGAAUGGAGGCGGUGAAGAGUGAGCGGGAGCGGGGGAGCCGACGAAGGCACCGGGACGAGGACCUGGUGGCGCCGGCGGCGGUGGUGGUGAAGCAGGAGCGCCUCAGCCCGGAAGCCGCGCCUCCGGCCCACCGCCGUCCGGACUUCUCUGGCGGUAGCUCGUCCCCGCUGGCAGGCGAGCCGGGCCGCCCAGGCCACCGCGGAAAUCGAGCCCGAGGAGUUAGCCGGUCCCCAGCCAAAAAGAAAAACAAGUCCUCAGGGAGAAGAAGCAAAUCUCCUCGGAGUAAGAGAAGCCGAAGUCCUCACCAUUCAACAGUCAAAGUGAAGCAGGAACGUGACGAUCAUCCCCGGAGAGGACGUGAGGAUCGGCAAUACCGGGAACCAUCAGAGCAGGAACACAGGAGAGCUAGGAACAGUGACCGAGACAGACACCGGAGCUAUUCCCACCAAAGGAGAACCUCUAACGAGAGGCCUGGCAGUGGGCAGGCUCAGGGACGGGAUCGAGACAUUCAGAAACUACAGGCUCAAGAAGAAGAGCGGGAGUUUUAUAAUGCCAGACGCCGGGAGCAUCGCCAGAAGGACGAAGUUAGUGGCAGUGGCAAUGAGGCUCAGGAGUUGGUUCCUCAGCCUGGUGGCAACAGCAAAGAAAAAGAGGUGCCCGCUAAAGAAAAACCAAGGUUUGAACUUUCUGGAGCGCUUCUUGAGGACACCAACACCUUCCGAGGUGUAGUUAUUAAAUAUAGUGAGCCUCCAGAAGCACGUAUCCCCAAAAAACGGUGGCGUCUCUACCCAUUUAAAAAUGAUGAGGUGCUUCCAAUAAUGUACAUACAUCGACAAAGUGCGUACCUCCUGGGUCGACACCGCCGCAUUGCAGACAUUCCAAUUGAUCAUCCAUCUUGUUCAAAGCAGCACGCAGUCUUUCAGUAUCGGCUUGUGGAAUAUACUCGUGCUGAUGGCACAGUUGGUCGAAGGGUGAAACCCUACAUCAUUGACCUUGGCUCAGGCAAUGGAACCUUCUUAAACAACAAACGUAUUGAGCCACAGAGAUACUAUGAACUUAAAGAAAAGGAUGUACUUAAGUUUGGAUUCAGUAGCAGAGAAUACGUCUUGCUCCAUGAGUCGUCAGACACUUCUGAAAUAGACAGGAAAGAAGAUGAGGAUGAUGAAGAGGAAGAGGAAGUGUCUGACAGCUAGCAGACUAAGAACCUAAAUUAUUGAGAUACCUUUUCCUUCUUGGAAGGCUUUGACUCAGCACUGUGAGGCUCUCUGUAAUGCCUCUUACUGCCUUAAGUCUUUCCUCUGUUGCUGACCAGCUUACGUUACAAUUUAUGAACACUGACAUGUGUUUCAUUGAACUUUUUUCUGGGGCACAUCAGCCACAUGCCUGGGGUCAUUUGUUUUCAGAACAGUCUCACCAAUUACAGCACAUCCGUGUUUUAAUAGAAGUGUGGCUUUAGUUGGUGCUUUCAGAACUGCUGUCUAGGAAACCAUAAACCCUUGGUUAAGGGGGAAUUGUGGCUUGUUCUCUUUGUACAGUUAACUUUAUUUAUAUAGUUGUUAAGCUUUGUGGACCAGGUAUUUUUGUUUUGGGGGCAAACUCCUGAGCAGAGAUUCUUGAUAAGCUUUGGUUAUCCCAAAACAGUCUCCACUAUAUACCAAAGCUUUGACCUGGUUGAGCUCUUGAGUCAUACAAGUUGAUUUUGCACUUAGUUUUUUGGGGUGGGAAUUUACUGCAGCCAAUAAACAUUAUUGACUAUUAAACAGAUGCUUUAUGGCAGCUGCUUAAGCCUACAGACUGUAUAGAAGGAUCAUGGUGACUACCAACGGGUGAUGAUUUAAUGUCACAGAAGAGUGAAAUGGGUUGUGGAUCUGUUCUCCACGAGAGAAUCCCUGAUUUCUCCAUGGAGCGUGUACAUAACAAUUUUGAUCAUAUUAACUGUUCUUCAAUUUUGUGUUUUUAUUCAAAUAUUAUCUCCUUUUUUUUUCUUUGAGAAAUACAUUGUCAUUUACGUGGCAGGGUCCUUAUGUUAUUUUAACAACGUGUAUAUGUCUAAAGGAAAUUGUUUUGUUUACAUAUUUCUAAACAUUUCAUCUUUAAAAAAAUUGUUCAGAGAGGUUUAUUUACCUUCCCAAGGCUGGAAAGCAGGGCAAUUUCCCAGUUUCCUAAUUUUCCACCAGAGGAAUAUGUGUAAGUAGAAAAGUGUUGACUGCUUACAUACAGUGUGUAUGUAUGUACAUAUAUAAAUUGUGUGUUAAAGAGCUGAUACUGAUUUUCAUAUGACAAUGUUAGGCAAGGGCCUCCCUGCAUUUGAAGAGCAGGUUUUCAUUUAUAUGUAUUUUUGGGACAGAAAAUAAAAUUUGUAAAUAUA